CCCAGCCGGCCGCGGGGCCGUUCCGCGCCGCUCCGCCGCUCUGCGCGCAUGUGCCGCGCCCGCCCGCCCCCCCGCGUGGCCGUUCGGAGCGGGGAACGAUGAAGGACCGCACCGGGGAACUGCGCGCCGCGAAGGACAGUGAUGACGAUGAUGAAGUCACUGUCAGUGUGGACAGGGACCGCUUCAUGGAUGAGUUCUUUGAACAGGUGGAAGAGAUACGAGGGUUCAUCGAUAAAAUUUCAGAGAAUGUGGAGGAAGUGAAGAGGAAGCACAGUGCCAUUCUUGCUUCACCCAACCCUGAUGAGAAAACAAAGGAGGAGCUGGAAGAGCUCAUGUCAGACAUCAAAAAGACAGCGAACAAAGUGCGCUCCAAGCUAAAGAGUAUUGAGCAGAGUAUUGAGCAAGAGGAGGGACUGAACAGGUCAUCCGCCGACCUGAGGAUAAGGAAAACUCAGCACUCAACAUUGUCACGCAAGUUCGUGGAGGUGAUGUCUGAAUACAACGCCACGCAGACUGACUACCGGGAGCGCUGCAAGGGCAGGAUCCAGCGGCAGCUGGAGAUCACUGGCAGGACCACCACCAGCGAGGAGCUGGAGGACAUGCUGGAGAGUGGCAACCCAGCAAUCUUCUCCUCUGGGAUCAUUAUGGAUUCCAACAUCACAAAGCAGGCUCUGAAUGAGAUCGAGACGCGACACAGUGAGAUCAUCAAACUGGAGAACAGCAUCCGGGAACUGCACGACAUGUUCGUGGACAUGGCCAUGCUGGUGGAGAGCCAGGGUGAGAUGAUAGACCGCAUCGAGUACAAUGUGGAACACUCUGUGGACUACGUGGAGCGAGCUGUGUCUGACACCAAAAAGGCGGUGAAGUACCAGAGCAAAGCCAGACGGAAGAAGAUCAUGAUCAUCAUCUGCUGCGUGAUCCUGGGCAUCGUCAUCGCCUCCACCUUCGGCGGCAUUUUUGGCUAGACUCCCCCACAGGACUGCUUGUGAGUGACGGCCGGAGCUGCGUGUGUUGUGGGGCCAGAGCAAACCAUGCAGCCCCGGAGCCCCUCAGCAGCAUUUCAGUUUCUAAUGCAUGGUUGUUUGUGAUGCUGUGUGUGCGGUGCGGUGCAUCUGUGUGGAGGGAGUGCCGGCCCCGGGGUGCAGAUGGGGUGCAGGGGGUGGUGAUGGGCGCGAGGGGGACCUUCAGGGCAACCCGAGCUCUCAUCACUGCUCAGCCUGGGAGGCUGCCGGGAGCAGGGGAACGGAGGUAACUUUGGGCACCGUGCUGUGCCAGGAGCCUGUUGGUGACACCCAGAGAUGAGACCAAUACGGGGUGUUAUAGGCUCCUCAGGAGCACAGAGCCCAGUCAGCCUCCCCUCAGCUUCUCCCAUCACCUCCAGCCAAAGCUCUCAUGUCUGUCAGCCGCAUCUGUGCUUGCAAACCACUUUCAUUAGGCUGCUUCUACUACAGGGCGCUUCCCAGGGCUGUGCUCUGCCAGGCCCUCCAUCCCCACCACCCACUGCAGGUGCUCGUUGCUGCUGCUGGGUGUGCUGCUGCUGCCUGUGGGUGCUGCGCGGUGGGUUGCUCUGUUCCAGCCCUGCCCAAUGGAGCAGCGUGGGGUGAGGAGCUGCUGCUCAGGUCCGUUGCUGAAGCCUGGGGAUGGAAACAGCUCAGUGGGGAUGGGCUCAGUGCUGCAGCCCAGCACCGGGCUGGCAGAGCAAAAGGUCACAGGGACUUCUGAGCUCUGGCACAUGGUGACCCUGGCUUUUACCACCCCCAGGCCUGGGCUCUGGUUGUCAGAGUUUGGGGAUAACUCUUGACACCCACAGCCCUGGUUGGGCUCAUUGGGAGCCAGGCUGUGCCCAGCACAGCACCUCCACACAGGGCCCUCAGGCUGGGGGUUGGAGGCAGGAGGGCUUGCUCCUGUCACAGUCCCAGGGAGCAGCCUUUGUUGCAUCCACCCCCACAAACUAGGAGCAGCCUUCCUCCUCCUCCUCCUUCUCCUCCUCCUCCGUGCCACCAGCUCCUGAGCAGGGCAGUGCCUGACUGCUCCUUCCAGCUCUGCCACAUCUUAGCAUCUGCCUGCCACCUGAGCCUGCUGCAGCAGAGGGGUCUGCAUUGCCACUGGGCUGUCGUCCCUGUGCUCCUGCCUCAGGACAGUUGCAGGGCUCUGUUCCUCAGGAGGCUGCUGUGCUGUGGCUUGCCCACAAAGUGCCAAAGCACCGUGGAGGAGCUCCAGCAGGGCAGAUGCCUGGUGCCAAGCUUGCCGUCAUGCACUGGGGCAGAGGUUGGACGUGAGCCCAGGCACUGAUAGCAGAAAAGGGGCUCUGGCAGCACACACAGCUACAGGCAGAAUGCUGUUUCCCCAAUCUAACCAGGGCCAGAUGAGUGCACCAGCCUCUGCAUUUCCCAAGGGCUGAGGGGUUCAAGCUGCACGGCAGGGUAAGGGCAGGCCUUGCUGGAGCUGAGCCCUGCUCCCACCCACCUCCGUCCUGUCUGGUGCUGCAGUGCUGGCACCAGCCUUGUGCAGCGUGCUCAGAUGGAGGGUGCAGGCCAUUGGCUAUUGCUAGGACACAGCGCUCCCUGCCACCAUUACCAAAGGUCCCACCACAUGUCCCCUGCUUGCAUUUGGCUGUUGAUAGGGAUUGUGUCCAGCCUGACUCCCCAUGCUGCCCAGUCCAAGCCCCCAGCAGUUGUAGCUAGCUGUCAGACCAUCCAAGACUGGAGCCCCCUUCAUUCACAGCCCUGUGGUAACUGGAGUGAGCUCUAGUGCUGCACCCUGCAUGGACAUGAGGGUCUGGGGCACUGGGAUUGUUGCCGGCUGGGUGUGACGCUCCCCUCCAGGAUGGGAGUUGGGCAUGGGAACAGCCCUUGCUUUGUAGGCAUGUCUGGCCAUGGGGGACAGAGCUGGGGCUGAUGUGCAAGUGCCUGCUCCUGCAGUUGCACUCUGCCCUGUCGAGCGAGGGAGAGCACCGGGCCCACCAUGGGAAGCAAUAACACUACUGCUGGUAAUGCUGCUCCUAGGCAGGCAGGCAGGCAAGAAAGUUCAUCUCAGGCUCCCCCGCAGCAAUGCCCACUGCUUGCACAAGGGGAUACUUUUCUUCCAACAAGUGGUUCCUCUGGCACAAGUUCACGUGACAUCAGGGCUGCAGCCAGCCCCAGUAAAGGCACAGGGCUCAGAGUAGUGCUGGGGGGAACUGACACUUGUUCCUUGUGGGUGCUGCCACUGCCAGCAGCGGAGCCGUGAUUCUGCCACUGGCACUUCACAGGGUUCGUGCAGGCAGCAGUGGCUGCAGGCUCUGACAUGAGGGAGGCAGAGAAGCACACUGCCAUUGCUGCCCCGCAGGCUGUCUCGCACUGCCCUCACUGUGAGAGGAGGGUGUUUUGGUGCAAUAAUUACCCCUGCACUACGGGAAGCCCUGUUCAGUUCCUUUUUACCUGCCUGUCAUUGCAUGUACAGACCAAAUCACCAACAGUGUAGUUGUGCUUUUGGGGAAACAUUUCACUUUUUCUUUCUAUCCUCCAACCUCAUCCCACUUGUCCUUUGGAUUCCACCAACUCUGUUCCAAGUGCCACCUGCCCUCCCAGCGCCGGGAGCAUGUCGAUGCAGUAUUUACGAGCGGUGUGGGGCACACACAGCUUGCACUUGAACUGAGGAUUGUUUUGGUUUGGUUUCUUUAAGUUUUGGGGUUUUUUUUUGUUUUUUUUUUUGUUUUUUUAGUAAGUAAUGUACUUGAAGGCUUUCCGAGCCCCCUGUGGAGUUGUACUGUUGCUGUACUGUGAGCUAAGUGUCCUUGUUUUCUAUGUGGAUCUUGACCCUGGCUUGCUCUGUCUCACUGGGCUGGAUGACACUGUAUUGUUGCCUCUUAUCUCCUUCAUCCUUUCCCCUCUUUCCCACUCUGCUGGCCUGCCUUUCUUCUCCCAAAAGCUUUGGGUGCAAAACAGCUUCCCAUUUUGUGGAAUUUUUAUGUAGAAUAAACAUUUCUAACUGUA